AUGAUGACCGGAGAAAGCCAUAAGAGUGAACCUGGUGGAAUCAAAUUACCGUUGGGAGAUCUGCUCAAUGAUCAAUCCCAGAGACCUCGUGUUAUCACUCCUUUUCCUUGUCCUAAACUCAUGGAUUUACCUAUGUUUCAAGGUGAUCAUAAAGAAAGCUUGUAUUGGGGAACUUAUCGCCCUCAGGUGUAUUUUGGAGUUCGUGCUAGAACUCCUCAGUCCCUCGUCGCUGGCUUGAUGUGGCUCGGUGAGAAAGAUGGGAAUGGGAAGCAUGUGAUGAGACAUUUCUGUGAAAACUCUGACGAUCUCAAGUCAUUUGGCUGGAGAGAACACAAUGGGAUAGAUUUUGGGAGGCAAGAGCUUCUUGAACAAGAUAUGAUAUUGGAGACAAGUUUUGUCCAGUCUAAAGAGGGAAGCCUUGGUUAUGGAGGAGAUUGGUCAGUCAGAAUCAAUGUCAAAAAUACAGGGUUGAAUGAUGAAGUAAAGAGAAAUGCAAAUCUCUUCUUCUAUAUAGCUGAUGAAGAUGGAAAUGUUCUAAAUCUAGGCAAAGAUGUAUUAAAGCUUAAAGACAGUUCUAUUUUAGCUUCGGGUUCACGUGCAGAUGUAGGAAACUGGCAGAUGCAUUUGAAAUCAGAGAAUCAUCUUGGAACACAUUACUGCGGUUUCAAGAAGCCUGAUAUUGUCAAUCUGUCUGAUAAUGUUCAGAAAAAUCUUGCUGCACAGGAAAGCAAGUCUGGACGACUUGAGCUCUCUGACACAUCAGAGAAUUCUUCCAGCAUUUAUGUUUUUCAGAUUUCCGCGACGACGCAAUCUACUAUAGAUAUUGCCUUGGUCUCUGGGAUAAAAGGAGAAACCUCUGACGUUGAAAAGCGUGUAAUGAGUCUUACAGGUUUGCCACUCUCUAAUCUACUUGAAGAGAAACAUAUAGCAUUUGAGGCAAAGUUUAAAGAAUGCUUCCACCUUUCUGAAAAGCUUGAUUCUGAAACUUUGGUGGUUGGUAAAGCUGCAAUUGGGAAUAUGCUUGGUGGCAUUGGUUACUUCUAUGGUCAAUCAAAAAUUCAGGUUCCUAAAAGUACUCAGUUGCAGCAGCCUAAAAGUGAAAGUGGUUUCUUGCUAUAUUGGCCAGCUGAGUUAUACACAGCAGUUCCAAGCCGGCCUGUGUUUCCUCGGGGGUUUUUGUGGGAUGAAGGUUUCCAUCAACUCUUGAUCUGGCGCUGGAAUAUCCGUAUAACCUUGGAAAUAGUUGGAAACUGGUUAGACCUGAUGAAUAUAGAUGGAUGGAUACCGCGUGAGCAAAUUUUGGGAGAAGAAGCUCUGAGUAAGAUACCAAAGGAGUACGUUGUUCAGAUCCCAACUAAUGGCAAUCCACCUACACUACUUUUGGUGAUACGCGAUCUGAUAAAUGGGAUAAGGACAGACAAAUUUAAGCAGGAAGAAAGAGAUGAUAUAUGGUCAUUCCUUGACCGAGCUUUUGUACGGCUAGGUGCAUGGUUUCAAUGGUUCAAUACAUCCCAGAAAGGGAAGGUAUUGGGAAGUUACUUUUGGCAUGGCAGAGACAGCUUAACAACUCUGCAACUAAACCCUCAGUCUCUUUCCUCGGGUUUGGAUGACUAUCCUCGGGCUUCACACCCAACUGAAGAUGAGAGGCAUGUCGACCUCAGAUGCUGGAUGUAUCUUGCUGCAGAUUGCAUGAACUCCAUCACAGAGUUUCUAGGGGAAAAGGACAGACUUGUGACGACGGAGGACUACAGCUUAACUGUCAAGCUGCUUUCAGAUUUCAAUCUUCUGAAUCAGAUGCACUAUGACCAUGAUCUUGGGGCUUACCUUGAUUUUGGUAAUCAUACAGAACAUGUUCGGUUAAUCUGGAAAGAGCUAGUUAAUGAAGAUGGCCACCUAUCUCUAGAGCUCGUGAGGGAGACAUUUGGGAAGCCAGAGCUAAGAUUGGUUCCUCACAUUGGUUACGUCAGCUUCUUCCCCUUCAUGUUUAGAAUCAUCCCGCCUGGUUCUUCAAUCCUCGAGAAACAGCUCGAUCUCAUUUCAAACAGGAACAUCGUAUGGAGUGACUAUGGACUACUUUCCCUUGGCAAAACUAGUUCUUUGUACAUGAAGUAUAACACUGAGCACGAAGCACCAUAUUGGAGAGGUGCAAUAUGGAUGAACAUGAACUACAUGAUUACUCUCUUCCCUGCACCAUUACUCUAUAGUGGAUGGACCGUACAGCAGCAAGGCAAGAACCAUUUACGAGGAACUAAGGAGCAAUCUGAUACGGUAUACAAGCUUGCUUGUAUUAGGAACGUGGUUAAAAACUAUGACCAGACUGGAUAUAUCUGGGAGCACUAUGAUCAAACAACAGGAACUGGAGAAGGUGCACGUGUCUUCACCGGCUGGUCUGCACUUAUCCUCUUAAUCAUGUCUGAAGAGUACCCUCUGUUUUAG